AUGCUUUAUGUUGUUUUAUUCAUGAACUUUAUAUCAUCAAAGGAAGACAAGGAUGAUGACAAGGAUGAUGAUGAUGAUGUUGCUGACAAGAACACCAGUGAUGAGGAGAAAUACAUGAUUCAUAUGGCAUCAUCCCUUCUCAAUGGCUAUAUAAGGAGAAGAAGAGCACAGCUCUCAAAACUCCUUAAGCUCAACAAAGCCACUAGCAAGAAAAGCAGUGUUGUACUGCCUUUUUCCAAGUUGAAUUGGGGGAGAUUGAUGCAAAAUUACCACCUGUCCCUUAUGAAGCACAGCCCAAGGUAUACAGCAGACACAGUCAAGAUGGCACAUCAAUUUCUUAAGGAUAUAAGCUUAGAAGUAAGCAUCAAAGACUCUCUUGCUGGGAUGGUGUUGCAGUUUCUGGAGCAAGCAGGUACUGUUCUUAUCACAUUUUUGAAAUAA